AUGAAGGUUACCCACAAGGGGAAAAUUACAAUUGACCGAUGGACACUCGAUGAAACAGCUGGCAGGACUUCCGUUCACCCUACCCAAACAAUGUCUAUCACCCGAAGCCGAACCCCUAAUUCAAAUAACCACCGCAUCUCCGGCUCCAUGCACAUCAAGUUCGAAGACUGCUUUCUGCGCGACAAGAGAAACAGCGAGUCGGAUUUUGUUCUAUCAAACCAAGAUCUGACUGAAAUUGCAGAAGCUGUCUGGGAAUGGCUUGCUGACUUCGAGCUUACAAUCAUGUUCAAAAAGAAGCCUACGAUCAAAAACCUUUCUCCACUACGAUCUUCCGAUCGGAGGAAGAUUGCUGACCAGAUUAUCAAAGAUUACCAAAUCCCCGUCACUUCAAACCCCACCAAAACGGACUCGUCCGCCCCCGCCUUGAGUCUUACAUCGAUCCGGAAUGCCCUCCUGCCCGAUAACACUCAGACUGCCCGAUUCACAACCACCGCCGGUCCGGACCUUCGCGAACUUCAAGGGAUUGUAUAUGUUGGGACACAUCCCGACGGCGAUGAGCGGGUACUAUGGUUCAAGCUGGAACAUGGCCCGGGGGCCGACAAACGACUAUACCCAACUGUCUACACAUUAUGGUACAAUCCGAACUUAGUCCCUUUACUCUAUACUCCAGAGUUUGUGAUGGGAAAGCUCCAUGGUGGAGCUGACUUAAUGACACCGGGCCUCGCGAAUGAACCUCCAUUCCCCGAAAGGGCUGUCAAGGGCGCCGUUGUCGCGGUCGCGAGUUUGGACAGACAUACAGUGCCACUUUUUGUAGGUAUUUGUGAGAUCGAUGUUUCGGCAUUGGGAGAGGUGCAGGGCACAAAGGGCCAUGCGGUCCGUGGAUUGCAUUGGGAGGGUGAUGAACUUUGGGCGUGGAGCUCUGCAUCACUGCCGGGUCGUCCAGCUCCAGAGUAUCUGGAAGGCUGGGACGAGGAGAAAACCGAGGGUGUUGAGAAUCAAAUGGAGGAGUUGAGAAUCGAGGAAGAUGGGGCUACAACCGCCUCGGGGGACAUUGAAAUACCAAGCAAUGACCCAACAGCGUCAGAAGAACCCGUGACCGAGGAGGAGGCACCCACAACAGAGGAAAUCGAUGAGGCGUUUGUCAAUGCUUUUGUCUACGCCCUCUACAAGCUCAAGCAGGAUAACCCAUCAGCAACCGACCAUGGGCUUCCACUGCCAAUCACAGCUUCGGCAUUGAUAGCCAACUUCACCACUCCUUAUCUUCCUGUGUACACCCCCCAACAGGCCCAGCAUUACAACAUCAAAAAGACCAGUUGGAAGAACGUCAAAAAGUUCAUGAAACACCUGGACAAAUCGAAGCUUGUCAAAACCAAGGAACGUAACGGCCAAGAGACCGUCAUUUUGGAUGUCGACUUUGGGGACCAUCGGGUAGAGCGAUUUGUACCAUACAGACUGCCUUCACCCCGGGCCUUGGAGAACAGUAAGGCGGCCGCACCAGACGGCAAAAAGUCGGCUGCGACAGAUGGCUCCGACCCUUCAGUGGGCCAGACGAUUACUGUGCAAAGUCUAUAUCGGCCAUCAGGAAAGCUGGUGCCAACCAUUUUCCCUGCCCUCCCCGCCAGUGACACAAAUAACUUCUACAAAUACUCCGAAGUGUCCAGUCACUUGGAUGAAUAUCUUGAAUCCCAAAAUCCGCCGAUCAUCUCAAAAGAAAACCGGCGCAUCAUAACUCUCAACCCAUUCCUCGCAAACACCAUCUUCAACUCAUCAUCAACUGAAGAUAAAGGGACACUUGCACGUGGGAAGGCCACUCGUGAUGGACUUCUGAAGCGACUCAUGGAUGAUAAAACACUGCUCUCGCCGUACCAUGUCAUUUUGAAGACUGGUCAAACUAUUGCAGACGUCAAGCCUAAAGCAGGCACUGCACCGAAGGUCCAUGUCACCCUCGAGAAGCGGACAGGUUCCAAAACUGUUACCAAAGUCAUGACUCUGGAGGUCUUCGGCAUUAUCCCCAGUCUAUUGGCACAGGAGCUGCAGAAGAAGUGUGCCGGUAGCACUAGUGUCACACAGGCUACUGGUGCCCCUAAGGGGAUCAUGGAAGUUCUGGUUCAAGGUGACCAACGAAAGGCCAUUGAGACAGCCCUUGUUCGCCGUGGGUUGAAGCCACAGAUGAUCGAAGUUGUGGAUAAGACCAAGAAGAAGAAAUGA